UAGAAUUGCACGUUACAAAGAAGCGGAAAAUAAGGGAAAUAUCCAAAGUCCAAACUAAAGGGCGGACGUGAACGCAACACUAGCGGCUACAGCAGUGAGUGGCAUCAGGUUCGUACACAGCAGUGAGAAUGUUGGGCCUGUGGAGAUCCUACCAGGUCCUGAUGACCAAACAUCCCUGGAGAGUUCAGAUCCUGACCGCAGGGUCGUUAGUGGGCCUGGGUGACGUCAUCUCCCAGCAGCUGAUCGAACGACGAGGUCUGGCGCAGCACAACGUCCAGCGGACGGCCAAGAUGAUGAGCAUCGGAUUCUUUUUUGUCGGUCCGGUCAUUGGCAGCUGGUACAAGGUUUUGGACAAACUCGUGGUUGGAGGAACUAAAAGUGCUGCAAUGAAGAAGAUGUUGGUCGACCAGUUGUGUUUUGCUCCCUGUUUCCUGGCGGCCUUCCUGACCAUCUCUGGUUCUCUGAACGGACUGACGGUGGAGGAAAACGUGGCCAAACUCAAAAGGGACUACACCGACGCUCUGGUCUCCAACUACUACCUCUGGCCUCCAGUCCAGAUCGCCAACUUCUACUUUGUUCCACUUCAUCACAGGUUGGCCGUGGUCCAGAUCGUGGCCGUGGCCUGGAAUUCCUACCUGACCUGGAAGGCAAACAAGAUCUGAAAGAGGAGCAGGAACCUGGACCUUUUUUUAAUUGUUGUUGUUGAUUGUUUGUGCUCCCUCUGGUGGUGAGUUUGUCUCAAACUGUGACUCAAUCGGAUGUUUAAAAAAAACGUUCCAGGGACCAAAAAAUGACAAAUUCACACUUAAAACAUUUUUUUUUUGUAGAAAUGGGAUUUUGGCAGUGAUGAUCAACACACACACACACACACACACACGCACA